AUGAAAAAGCCGGCACCAAGACCCCAUCUCCUCCAUAAAAGCAGUGUCCAGAGACACUUGCCCGGCAGGGCCAGCCCAAAACCUGUCCAAGGACUCAACAAAACAUUUACCAGCCAUGCCCAAGCAUCCCACCUCACCCAGAACUGCACCCGACAACAAUGCCUGCGCGGCCGCAUGGACUCACAACCGUCGGUGAGUGCAGCCGUGAAAAACCGCGAGAGUGCCGCCGACCGUCAAGUACGCCCGAAAGAGAGGCGCGGCAAGCAGAGCCACCAGGAGGGGCGCCGCAGCAGAGCCGCCCCCCCCCCAAGAGACCAAAGAACACCCGCAAAACGGAGACCCGAGGCUCACAGCGCCAGAGGCAGAGCCCAGGAGGACUGUGGACCAGCGAGCAGCAAGGGAACAGCAGGCCAGGACAGCAAAGCCACGAGGAGCAAGAGAGAAAAGACGACCCGACAUGCGAAUCGACAAAACAAACGGGACUGA